UGGUGGGGGUGUUGUUCUAAAAUCCUGCUUCCCUGUCUGAUUAUUCCAUGAUCUGCUCCGCAGUGGUCCGGAUGAGGAGCAGUACGAUCACACAGCAUGAAAACUGGGGAUUACAUCUGUAUCACUUUGCAGGGUGGUGGGCCCUGGGGGUUCACCGUGGAAGAGGGCCCGGGGGACACCGACGCGCCUCUGCUGGUUUCCCAGGUGGAGGAAGGCGGACGUGCUUCCCAGGCCGGCGUACGGGAAGGCGACGAGGUGGUGUCCCUGAACGGGGAGCCGUGUGCCGGCGCGGCCCGUUCGCGGGCCCGCGCCCUCGUCGACGCACCGGGCGGCUGCCUGCGGCUGCUCAUCAAGAGAUCGAGAGGCGAGAAGGAAGCUUUAAAGCUGAGGGAGCUCCACAUAUCCGAGUCCCGGGAUGAAAUUUCUGAUGGGGACCGCACCGGAGUGACGCCCCGGCUGUCCUUUUCCCAGCAAACUGUGGACAACGUGAGCUGUACCUCUCUUGGAAGCGCCCACGGCGUCGAGGGCGAACAUACCGCCUCCGGCGCCACGCGGGCGGCACCUCCGUCCCCCGGCGGCCGAAAGCCGCUCAGCCGGCACGGUGUGGUGCAAGCGAAGGUGCCAGCAGCAUCAGCAACACCAGGGAGGGGCAUCCUGGGCGGCAGAGUGGGAGGCCCCGGGGUGUGCGCCGGAUCCCCAGGGGUGGGAGGUGGGCCCUGCGAGCUCCCCGGCUCUUUUAGUGUCGCUUUCCAAAUCCCCUCAGAUGAGGGAACGCCCGCCGAGGAGCAGGAUUCCGAUUCCGAUCAGGAGAAACCCAACAAGCACCGAGCGAGGCACGCCAGGCUCAGGCGCAGCGAGAGUCUGUCCGAGAAGCAGGUGAAGGAGGCCAAGUCCAAAUGUAAGCGGAUCGCCCUUCUCCUUAGUGCCGCGCAGCCCAACCCCAACAACAAGGGCCUGUUGAUGUUCAAGAAGCACCGGCAGAGAGCCAAGAAGUACACCUUAGUGAGCUACGGCACUGGAGAGGACGAGCGAGACGACAGCACCGAAGAGGACGAAGAGAACACCCGGGGGGGGAUCCAUGUUGUUGAGUUCACGCUCGCUGAUCAAGACCGGUCAGAUUUAGAGAAGCAUUUCCUCGCGAAUGCUCGCGGCGGCAAAGGCGUGCUGACGAUCUGCCUGGAUAAAAGUCUCCUUGACGUUGAGCGGAAGGAAACUCCCAUGGAGUGUUUGCCCGAAACCAAGGGCAAAGGCGCCCUCAUGUUCGCCAAGAGGCGCCAGCGAAUGGACGAGAUUGCGGCCGAGCACGAAGAGCUCCGGCGACAAGGGAUGCCCGUGGAAGGGGCGCAGAAAGUGAAACCGGCUUCCGCGCAGCCCACCGCGGAGGACCACGCGUACAUGGAUGUGAACCUGCACCAGCAGUGCCAGUACCAGCAAUUCCAGGAGCAGCAGUACUAUGAGCAACAACAGCAGUACCAACAAUAUCAGCAGCAGCAGUAUGAGCAACAGCAAUUGUAUCACCAAGACCAGCAAGUUCAGGUUUCUGGAAAUAGGUCGGUGAAACAGCAAAGCCACGAAGCGCAAAGUUCGUCCGGCAAUCGUACCGCAAAGCCCUUUUCCGUACAAAACAUGGCAGCGACCACUUACUCUCCUGCAGUAAGUGGGACUAAUCAAUAUUCUACGGUCCAAGGAGAGCAGAUCGCUUCCCGCGAUGAGCGCAUUUCCACGCCUGCCAUCAAGUCGGGCAUUCUGGAUUCAAAGAGGAGAAAUAUCGGCAAGCCCAUGUUCGCAUUUAAAGAGCCCCCGAAGAUGUCACCUAAUCCCGAGUUGCUGAACCUCCUUAACAUGAGUUACAAGAAGAUGGGUUUUGAGUCAGGACCCGAGGAAGACUACCUCAGCCUUGGUGCUGAGGCUUGUAAUUUCCUUCAUUCCUCAGGGUCGAAACACAAGACCCCUCCACCAGUGGCCCCAAAGCCUUUGAUUGAUCCCAGCACUGCCCCCUGGUCUCCGCAGAUGGAAGUAACCAACCAUGACACGCCUCAGCAUGCUGAAAAUAGUGCAUCCACACCUGCUGUAGCCACCCCUUCAAAUAACCAAGAGCCAACCUCUAUUGUGCCUGCCCCUGGGCCCUCUCCCCCUCAAGCCCAGUUGGAAGCCCCUGCCAAUGCUGGGACACAGCAACAACAAACAUGGCCUCCUUCUGCACCCGAAAACCAACAACAGCAAGUUACCGUCCAAGAGGGAAACGGUCAGGUCAGGUCUUCUCCACAACCUGACAGCAACGCUGGAAGAAUUUGGGAUACUGCACAAGUAGCCCAGCAGCAACCUACAAUUUCCUGUUAUCCCCAGCCACAGGAACCACACCUAAGUCAAUCCACUCUUCAAUUGCAGUGGGCGACACCUCAACCCACUCACUGUCAAGCGCAGUCUCAGCCCCCUGCCGAUACUUGGACACCGCAACUUCAGGCCUCCUGGAAUCAAGCAGAGCAAGCGGAGUCACACGCUCAACCUUCCUGGUGUCAACCCCAAGAUCCACCCCAGUCUCAAACACAACCAAACUGGACACACACUCCAGAGCCACAAGUUCAGCAAAUGCCACCAAACUGGGUUCAACCGCAAGAACCGAUGCUGCAGCACCAGUUGCAGGUUUCCUGGGCCCAGCCUCCUCAAGUAGACUCUCAACCAAUAUGGGGGCUAGCCAAAUCCCAAGAUCCUUGGGUUCAACCGGAAUCCCAACCACAACCGCCAUGGGGUCAACCAGCACACCAAAAAGCCUGGUCACAGACCCAAGCACCAGAUCAACAUUGGCCUCCAGCUCACCCACAACAACAACCUCCAAUUAAUACCUGGCAUCCGUCACAACCUUCUUGGACCCAAACAGCCCAUGCACAACCACCGACACAGCCUGUAGCCAGUUUGAAUCCAUGGGGGCCGGUUCCUGCCCAGCCUCAGCCACAGCCAUCUUGGGCCCAGCAGCCUGCGGAACAGGUCCAAUGUCCCGCUAGUUCCUGGGGAUCCCAGCAAGGUCCGGUGCAACAUCAGCCGUCCUGGGUCCAGUCCGAUCGUCCGCAGCCACAGCCGACCUGGCAACAAGCACCUUUGAAGACAGCGCCGCAGCCUCCGAUGAAUGUGUGGCCGCCGGCUCAACCUCAGACCCCCGCCAGGGCCCGGGCACCACAGUCCCAACAAACACCUGCGGCCAACGCUCCAGCUUUGCCCAAGCCUUGGAAUACCCAACAAAACCGGGACCCGCAGAGAAUCAACGCCUUCACCUCUGGUCAGAGAGUUUCAUCCCCUGUCAACCCCUUGGCCACCGUCUUGAACCCGUCGUCGGCCGGUUCGGCUUACGAGAUGCCGGCCGUCCGAGGGAAAGGAGCCGACAUGUUUGCCAAGAGGCAGUCUCGCAUGGAGAAGUACGUGGUGGACUCGGAGACCGUGCAGGCCAACAUGGCGAGUCGAUCCGCGUCACCGGCUGCCUCCUUACCAAACGAGUGGAAGUACACACCCAAUGUACGUGCUCCGCCCUCACGGGGUUUCAAUCCCAUCCAGUCCCCCUCUUAUCCGCCGGCCGCGUCAAAACAGCCUCCUUCUAGUGGCCCUAUGUCCAAAGCCAAGAAAAAAGGCAAACAAGGACCUGCCCCGAAACCGCUCGAUGUAGUCGACGUCAUGAAGCAUCAACCCUACCAACUUAGCGCCUCGCUCUUUAUAUACGGGCCUGCAGCAGAAGCGGCAAAGGAGCCUACUCCUAAGCCCGGCGGUUCACCUCAGAACCAGCAACCGUAUGAGCAAAUGGCCCCAGUUCAGCCAGCUGGAACAUUUAGUGCCUCGUACCCCCAGCAGGCCUACGAAGGCAACUACCAGCCAACCGCUUAUCCCCCCACUGAUCCUUAUCAGCAAUCUUCUGGUGGUCCUUACUGGCAACCAUAUAACCAACAAAGCUCUCAAUUACCAAAUCCCCAGUGCCCGCUUCCACAGGUCCCCUACCAAGCAGCUGGUAGUCCCCCUUACUGUUCACCUCCGGCAAUAGCCUUCCAGCAGUCGCCUCCCGCUAACGUCGCACCAAGCUUCCCUGUAGCUUCGCCGCCCGGCUCUACAAGCAGCGGCAACCCUAGCGCGGCGCCGAAACCAAAGUUUACGGCGCAAAAAAGCUCCGCUCAGGAAACUGGCAGACGGUACUCUCUGUCCCCUCCAUGUAGAUCGUCCUCUACAGGCCAUCAGUCUUCCUCAUCCAGACAUCCGGCUCAGGGGUUCAGUCAGACUUCCUGGCUUGAGAAGACCUUCAAAGUCCUCACGCCCUGGGAGGCCGCGUCCCACCACCCCCUAGGCCUGGUGGACGAAGCCUUUGCGUUCCAGGACCUCCAGCAGAACCUGGCCUCCAGCAUUCGCCUGGCGGCCCAGCGUAAGCUCGCCCCCGAGCCACCUGCCCAGUGGACGGCCCGAGCGUCCCCACAGAAGGCGGGCGCCUGCUGGGGCCGGGGUCCCGGUCGGGGGGCUGUCUCCAGCACUGGUGGGCGUGUCGGUUACGGGUCCCUGCCCAGAAAGUGGCAGCCUCCUAGGUCUGUGACCCACAUGGGGUCCCCGUCUGAGGGUAAAAGGCCCCCACGGGGACUGCACAGGUCUCGACACAGCACCGACUGCAACUGGGAGCAGUGAGACGCAGAGA